UCAGAAGUGGAUGCAGACAAGGACAGAGUCUAAAGAUCCCUUCUUUGACUUGUCUUUCCUGUGGGCUUCACGGUGUUCUGCCCGGUUAGGAGAGUGAUGAUAAGUUCGAAUCAAAGCUGCUUUCGGAAGUGGAUGCAGACGAGGACAGAGUCUAAAGAUCCCUUCUUUGACUUGUCUAAGAUGAUGAUCACUAUGAACGAGUGAGAGGCUCGCUCAGUGCCAUCGUUUAGGUAAUGACAGUCCCGUGGACUGAGUCAAUAAUGCUGACAUUGGCCUUGCAACUGAGAUAUCAAUGAGGUACCGAUGUAUCAGAAGACAUCUUCGACUUGAAUUUUGGUGUUUUCAGCACCAGAAAAUUUGAUUUGAAUCACUUGAGAGGGAAUCUCCAAAGACACCACACUAAAAUGGUCUCAUGAAGUCUCUUGCGGUGUGCAACUAUUUAAGCCAUGGCCUCGGGGCCGACGCGGCUCGGUUCGGGAGUCCGAAUGUGGGGGAUCUCGGGCGGCGUCCCUCGGGGUCUCCCGGCGGCCGAGCACAGUGGUUCGGGUCGGGAGGAAGCUCCGCCGCAACGUCGGGAAGGGGCGAUCCCGUCCUUCCCACCUGCACACAGGUCGGGCCGGGAGCUCGGCCCGACCCCUCCGACGAUCAAAUCAGCGAUGUGGAGGGGAUUGUGGAUGAGGCAGAAGAAGAGCAUCUGAGUGUUUUGUGUCUGAGGGCAGGACAGUACCUCUCGUGGCGUCUGACAUUGCCACUGGGGUUGCGUGGAGAACCGGGCUACCGUAGGGUAUGGGCACGCCUUGGUCGACGUGCUCCUUUGCCUCGAUCGAGCGCACGGAGUCAAAUGCUGAGGUUGUUGGCUGAGAGCUGGUGACGUUGGCGCACAUCAAGUCGGCAUUAAUGCUUGCUUCCUCGGAAAGUACGUCCACCUGGCGUGGCUGACGUCGUGGCGCGUCACGUCACCAUUUUUACCCUUAUCAAAAUCGACAUCUAAAAAGUAAUAUGAUCACAGAUUCAGCAUCCCUCUUCAUCAAAAAAAAUAUGUUCCCCAGCUGAACACCUAUAUAUGCCUUCUGUUUCCCUCUUCCCUUUUCUCGUCUCCUUCGUGUCUUAGUCUGUGUUCAUUAUUCAUACUUCCACGAAGAAUUCUAUUGCGAUGAUGAAGUUUGGAUAAGCUUAGA